AUGGAGCGGGUCCCCCCGGCGGUGGCCGCCAAGAUGCGCUGCUUGACGCUGCUGCUGGCCGGCUUGAGCGUGUGGGCCAAGGUGGGCCGAGGGGUGGACUACGACGACCGCGAUCGGGAUCGCGAUUACGAGUACUACGACGAAGCCGACAGGCCGGACGCCGUUGACUACAAGGACCCCUGCAAAGCCGCCGCAUUCUGGGGCGACAUCGCCUUGGACGAGGAGGACCUCGGCAUGUUCCGAAUCGACGGGACCAUCCGCCUGACGCACGCCUCGCGGGGACAACCGUCGGGUGAGCCGGGUGAGCCGGAGGACCACCUAGUAACCAAAAAAAGAGGCUCUUUGUACCUGCUUUUGGAGAGGAUACGACACUUCGGCUGGGACUUCCUCCCGAAAAACUCCAGUCACAAAAGCCAAAGCGGCGAUAGCGGCAAAAAGCGCUUCCCUCGAGCGGCCACCUCGCGCGCCGAGAGGAUCUGGCCCGGUGGGGUCAUUCCCUACGUCAUUGGCGGCAACUUUACGGGUAGUCAGAGGGCCAUGUUCAAACAAGCCAUGCGGCACUGGGAGAAGCAAACCUGCGUGACUUUUAUCGAGAAAAGCGACGAGGAGAGCUACAUCGUCUUCACCUACAGGCCUUGCGGGUGUUGCUCCUACGUGGGUCGCCGCGGAAACGGGCCACAGGCCAUAUCCAUCGGCAAGAACUGCGACAAGUUCGGCAUCGUGGUGCACGAGCUGGGUCACGUCAUCGGCUUCUGGCACGAACACACGCGGCCCGACCGCGACGAUCACGUCACCAUCAUUCGCGACAACAUUCAACCAGGUCAGGAGUACAACUUCCUGAAGAUGGAACCGGGCGAGGUCAACUCUCUCGGCGAGCCCUACGACUUUGACAGCAUCAUGCAUUACGCCAGAAACACCUUCUCACGGGGGAUGUUCCUUGACACCAUCCUUCCGUCCAGGGACGAAAACGGCGUUCGUCCUGCGAUCGGGCAGCGGACCAGACUCAGUAAAGGAGACAUUGCACAAGCAAGGAAGCUCUAUAGAUGUCCAGCAUGUGGUGAAACACUCCAAGAUUCUACAGGCAACUUUUCAUCUCCCGGUUACCCCAAUGGAUACCCUUCGUACACUCACUGCGUGUGGAGAAUAUCUGUUACACCUGGAGAGAAGAUUGUGCUAAAUUUCACCACCAUGGAUCUGUACAAGAGCAGCCUGUGUUGGUACGACUACAUGGAAGUGCGCGACGGCUACUGGAGGAAAGCGCCUCUGCUGGGCAGGUUCUGCGGAGACAAACUUCCUGACGUCCUGACCUCCAGCGACAGCAGAAUGUGGAUCGAAUUCCGGAGCAGCAGCAACUGGGUCGGGAAAGGCUUCGCCGCUCUUUACGAAGCCAUCUGCGGCGGCGACAUGAACAAAGACUCGGGCCAGAUCCAGUCGCCCAACUACCCCGACGACUACCGGCCUUCUAAAGAGUGCGUGUGGAGGAUCACCGUGUCGCAAGGGUUCAACGUGGGCCUCAGCUUCCAAGCCUUCGAGUUGGAGCGACACGACAGCUGCGCGUACGAUUACCUGGAGGUGCGCGACGGCCCGCUGGAGAGCAGCCCUCUGAUCGGCCGCUUCUGCGGCUACGACAAACCCGAGGACGUGCGCUCCACAACAAACGCUCUAUGGAUGAAAUUCGUCUCGGACGGAACGGUCAACAAAGCGGGCUUCGCGGCCAAUUUCUUCAAGGAGGAGGACGAGUGUUCCAAACAGGACAACGGUGGCUGCCAGCAGCGCUGCUUCAACACGCUGGGAAGCUACAAGUGCGCCUGCGACCCGGGCUAUGAACUGGCGCCUGACAAAAAGACCUGUGAAGCGGCGUGCGGCGGCCUGCUGUCCAAGCUGAACGGCACCAUCAGUACGCCAGGCUGGCCCAAGGAGUACCCGCCCAACAAGAACUGCGUGUGGCACGUAGUGGCGCCCACGCAGUACCGCAUCUCCAUGCAGUUUGAGGCCUUUGAGUUGGAGGGCAACGAGGUGUGCAAGUACGACUACGUGGAGGUGCGAAGCGGCCUAUCGCCCGACUCCAAACUCCAGGGCAAGUACUGCGGCGCCCAAGUCCCCGAAGUGCUCACGUCGCAGUACAACAACAUGAGGAUCGAGUUCAAAUCGGACAACACCGUCUCCAAAAAGGGAUUCAAGGCGCAUUUCUUCUCAGACAAGGACGAGUGCAGCAAAGACAACGGCGGCUGCCAGCACGAGUGCGUCAACACGCUGGGAUCGUACGUGUGCCAGUGUCGCCACGGCUUCGUGCUACAUGAAAACAAGCACGAUUGCAAGGAAGCCGAGUGCGAGCACAAGAUCCGCAGCCCCGCCGGCAGCCUCACCAGCCCCAAUUGGCCCGACAAGUACCCCAGUCGCAAGGAGUGCACUUGGGACAUCACCGCCACGCCGGGACACCGCGUCACCAUCACGUUCAGCGAGUUCGAGAUCGAGCAGCACCAAGAAUGCGCCUACGACCACCUGGAGGCCUUCGACGGCGACGGUGACGCGGCCGCCAUCUUGGGACGGUUGUGCGGCAGCAAAGUACCGGAACCGCUGGUGUCCACGGCCAACCGAAUGUACCUGCGGUUCAUUUCCGACGCUUCCGUGCAGCGGAAAGGCUUCCAGGCCACUCAUUCCACCGAGUGCGGCGGUCGCCUGAAAGCGGACGGACGUCAGAAAAACCUGUACUCGCACGCCCAGUUCGGGGACAACAACUACCCGGGCCACAGCGAUUGCGAGUGGCUGCUGACGGCCGAGCGCGGCGACGGCAUCGAGCUCAGCUUCGUCACGUUCGAGGUGGAAGAGGAGGCCGAUUGCGGAUACGACUUCAUCGAGCUCUACGACGGCUACGACGUCGACGCUCGCAGGCUGGGCCGAUUCUGCGGAUCGGGGCCCCGGGAAGGAAUUUACUCGCCUAGCGACGCCUUGCUGAUCCGUUUCCAUAGCGACGACACCAUCAGCAAGAAGGGCUUCCACAUCCGCUACUCCAGCACCAAUUUCCAGGAGAGCCUCCAUGACAGGAAAUGA